UUUUCUAGCUGACGUCUGUGAAAUGAAAUCAGCUUGUUGCUAUUUGUCUCACACAGAAUAAAAGUUUGCGUGGGGUGAUACUGAGUACGGACUAAAUCCAUUUGGGUUUACAGUGAAAAUAUACCCUUUUCAUUUUUCUAUACACUAAGGACUAUCUUGUGGCAGGUCUUGGCAGAUCGCCGCCGUAUGGACGAUGAGGAGGAUGAUGUGUUUGAGCCAGACUCCCGCUGCUGGCGCACAGCCUUCAGGGAGAUAAAGUACGAGGACAGGGGAACCCAGACACCCAGCCCUGUCCUGCCACUGCCCAAUAAUAUGCUGCCCUGCGGGGUGGCCCAGGAGCCCAGACCACUCUUCUACGGCAACGCAGGCUUUCGAUUGCACUUUCCAGCACAGUUUGAGCGUGUUGGAGACCAGGGGCCUCUGGGAGAGCGAGGGGGGAUGGAGCGGCUCAAUCGGCAGCCCCAGCUGCCAGCACGCAGCAUAGAGGUCUGCAUUGGACAGAAACUCCAACUCAUCGGAGACCAGUUCCACCAAGAACACCUUCAAGUGUAUCACCGAAACCAAAGGAACAUGAGGCCCUUGUGGUGGCGCCUGGCCUCGGCUCUGCUCACCCUGCUGUUUGAGCAGGAGGCCAUCGCUGGAGGGGGGAGAGCAGGGUGGAGGUGAUGGAGAGGACCAGCCCAGCCCAGACUACCCCUCUCCCACAGGAACUGGACUCCAUUGGCACUGUCAAAUUUAACACGGGUCUGUUGGGGAAAAAUUACAAAAGAGAAAAGGUCCCCGCGGGACGGAGACAACCAUUUUUUACGAGGUUGUUUUUUUCCAAGAAGAUGCCAUGUUGUUUCACGAGAUUCCUCUACUGCACGAUGUCCUUAUUUUGGUAAUUGUUUGAUGUAGUAUUUUGUACAGUACAUUAUUCCUGUUGAAUUUGUUUGCACUUCCGUAUGUGUACAUCUUGAAUGACCUCCAUGGUCCCGGGAAUGCCUUGUCAAUGUCUUCUACCACAACCCAAUGACUGUUGACAAGAACCAAGCAGAAGAAAGAGAUGGAUGGAUCUGAAGAAGGGAAAGAAGAGUGGUUCAUAGGGUUUUCUUUUCUGAAGUUUCCAGGAAAUAAUUGGUCAAACUUGAUAACUUACUAAUUUCCAAAGAUUCUCUCAGAACAAAGCAUUUUUCACCUCAACCUUCUCCUCAAUGGGGUUGUGUAUACUGUUAUAUUACAUGUUGAUUAUUCUUUGCUCUUCCAGUCACUUUUAUUGUUUUGAUUUCAAUAAUUGUUGUUUUUCCCAUUGUCACCAAAAAUAAUGAAACAUCCAGUGGCUUCCGAUGUGGUAAAUGCCACUUUGUGGUGUGAAGGUAGAUCCAGUACAUAGCCGUGGGAAAUAGGGGUGCUACAGCACCCCCUGAUAAAAAAAAAGUGUAUACAUAUAUAUAUAUACAUAUAUAUAACAUUUUCUCAUAACAUUUGUGAACUAGGCUUUUAUUACUGCUGUAUUAGCAGAGAAGAAUACUCUUUAGGACCCCCCCACCCCCCACCCACCUUCAACAGCACUCCCAAAACAUCUACCCGCAGCCAUGAUACAACUUCCAAAGCAAAAGUGGAUCCCACGAGUUACUCAGAGAGAACACCAGGUUUUCAAUCAUAGUUUAUUUCAGAGUUAUCUUUUACUAAUUUCAUAAAUCCCCGAACUGGACCCCAGUCAUUGUAAGAGAGAUUGUGCUGAUCAUUUUUUUGUUUUAAGACUACCAGGCCCUUCAAGUGGAGCUAUGUAUCCACACUGUUUGCACUAUAGUACAUCAGUCAGGAGUAGAUUCGGUUACAAAGCCAACCUCUGUCAUUUAAUGAAGGUUUUUAACUGUAUCUGAUUUGCAAUGGUAACAUUACAAUGUUUUCAUUCACAUGACCAGGCUAUAUCUUCCCAGGAAGUGACUGAAUAUGGCCUGUUAUCAUUAGAAUAAAACAUCUGAGGUACAAGUGAUGCUGGUUAAAUGAAUGCCUCAUUGAAAUUCCAAUGUUUUUUAGCCCUCCAAUCGAUGUGCUCUCUAACCCACUGCCAGAGAUGCACUUGUAUUCUGGACACCAAAACAAACAUGUGAAACAACAACAUCUUCCCUCCUCUCAGGAUUGUUGCAUGGGCUUUUAUAUAUAUAUUUUUUAACCUGUGGAGUGAUCUUGUAUUAGUUCUUUGUCCUCAGAUCCUGUGGUGUAACUUUUUAAUAGAAAUCACCACUGAUAAUCCAAUUGACAAGAGAACGUGUCUGAGUUUAGAAAUUAACUGGUAGUAUGCAAGACUGUAAUUACUAUUGAAAUAUGAAUCUUUUUGAAGACACUGCUGUAUUCUUGAAGAUGCUGUUUGUUGUACAUUUUAUUGCCUUUUUACUUCACUUUUUGUCCAUUUUGAAGUAGCAGUAUAUAUCAUGAGGCUGUAAUUUCAGACACAACUCCUGUUAAUACGGUUAUGUUUGGUCCUACAGUACUUUACUUUUUGCCCAUUUUGAAGGAGAAGUAUACAUCAUGAGGCUGUAAUUUCAGACACAACUCUUGGUAAUUUGGUCCUACAGCCAUCUUCUGUGUCAUCUUCUGUCUGUAUAAUCAGUGCUUUCUUUCAACCCUUAAUUUAGAAUGCUGGAGAAACAGGUAACUGCCAAAAUCAAGGAAACACCCAUAUAAAGUGUCUUCAUAGGGUGGUGUUGGGCCACCACGAGCCAGAACAGCUUCAAUGCCCCUUGGCAUAGAUUCUACAAGUGCUUGGAAUAAUAUGGUGUUUUGUUGAUGGUGGUGGAAAACGCUGUCUCAGGCGCCCCUCCAGAAUCUCCCAUAAGUGUUCAAUUGGGUUGAGAUCUGGUGACAGUGAUGGCCAUUUCAUAUGGUUUACAUCAUUUUCAUGCUCAUCAAACCAUUCAGCGGCCACUCGUGUCCUGUGGAUGGGGACAUUGUCAUCCUAUGGGGGCAUAGCCAUGGUAGCCAAAAUAAUGGCCUGCCCAACCUUUUUAAACAUAUUCCUUUAGCAUAAUGGGAUAUUAAUUCCUUUAUUAACUCAGGAACCACACCUGUGUGGAAAUACCUGAUUUAAAUAUACUUUGCAUCCCUCAUUUACUCAAGUGUUUCAAUUAUUUUGGCAGUUACCUGUAUGUUUUUGUGCCAGGGAAAAUACAAAUAACAGUUUCCCAUGUAGAGUAGGAUGACAAAGGAAUGGAGUGGUUCGGUCCAAUUCUGUUGUCUGCAUCAGUUGAAAUAUAUUAGAUACAUAACCAUAGAUAUAAAGGUAUACUUUAGACAGACUGGUCAGAUGAUGACGCUUGCUCUGUCUGUUGAGGCAGGGACUAAUUUAGAACCAUGUGGGGCAGUGAGAGAUGAGUUGAACAUCGUUGUUGUUGUUGUUUGUUGUUGUUUUUUCCUGCAGAUCCUGAAUGCUGAGCCAGUCACCGUAGCCUCCUGUCUCACUGUAGCCCUUAAACCGUCCCUAAACUCGCUUCUCUCGCUCUACUGUAGCCUACAUCUAUGUGUACUGCUCAUCCAUUUCCUUAAGGACUUUUAGCGUUGCUUUCCGUUUUUUUAUUUUUUAUUUAUUUUUUGUAUAUUCACCCUUUUCUACCGUAUGGAUUUUGUGUGCAAUUUCUCUUCCUUUUGUUUUUUAAAAAUGUGUAUAUAAUUCAUUUGUGUGACUGUAUAGAGCGAUGGUUAUCUGCGCUGUGUUUUCCCUGAGGGUAGUCAUCUCCAGAAAUGGGCCCAAUCGGUUAAGGCAUUUAUAUGAAUCAACCAUGUCACGUUAGCCAUUCAGCAGAUAGCAGUAGAAUCUCAGUGUUCAUUCUGGAAAGAUCACAGAUCAGUUUAGCUACAGUUGAAGUCAGAAGUUUACAUACAUUUAGGUUGGAGUCAUUGAAACUCAUUUUUCAACCACUCUACAAAUGUCUUGUUAACAAACUAUAAUUUAGGCAAGUCGGUUAGGACAUCUACUUUGUGCAUGACACAAGUUAUUUGUCCAACAAUUAUUUGACUUAUAAUUUACUGUAUCACAAUUCCAGUGGGUCAGAAGUUUACAUACACUAAGUUGACUAUGCCUUUAAACAGCUUGGAAAAUUCCCAAAAAUGGCAUGGCUUUAGAAGCUUCUGAUAGGCUAAUUGACAUCAUCUGAGUCAAUUGGAGGUGUACCUGUGGACAUAUUCAAGGCAUACCUUCAAACUCAGUGCGUCUUUGCUUGUCAUCAUGGGAAAAUCUAAAGAAAUCAGCCAAGACCUCAGAAAAUAAAUUGUAGACCUCCACAAGUCUGGUUCAUCCUUGGGAGCAAUUUCCAAAUGCCUGAAGGUACCACGUUCAUCUGUACAAACAAUAUUACGCAAGUAUAAACACCAUGGGACCAAGCACCUGUCAUACCAAUCAGAAAGGAUACGUGUUCAGUCGCCUAGAGAUGAAUGUACUUUGGUGCCAAAAGUGCAAAUCAAUCCCAGAACAACAGCAAAGGACCUUUGUAAAGGAAACAGGUACAAAAGUAUCUAUAUCCACAGUAAAACGUAUUCUAUAUCGACAUAACCUGAAAGGCAGCUCAGCAAGGAAGAAGCUACUGCUCCUAAACCGCAAUAAAAAGCAAGACUACGGUUUGCAACUGCACAUGGGGACAAAGAUCGCACUUUUUGGAGAAAUGUCCUCUGGUCUGAUGAAACAAUAAUAGAACUGUUUGGCCAUAGUGACCAUUAUUAUGUUUGGAGGAAAGAGGGGGAGGCUUGCAAGCAGAAGAAACACCAAUCCAACUGUGAAGCACGGGGGUGGCAGCAUCAUGUUGUGGGGGUGCUUUGCUGCAGGAGGGACUGGUGCACUUCACAAAGUAGAUGGCAUCAUGAAGAGGAAAAUUAUGUGGAUAUAUUGAAGCAACAUCUCAAGACAUCAGUCAGGAAGUUAAUGCUUGGUCGCAAAUGGGUCUUCCAAAUAGACAAUGACCCCAAUCAUACUUCCAAAGUUGUGGCAAAAUGGCUUAAGGACAACAAAGUCAAGGUAUUGGAGUGGCCAUCGUAAAGCCCUGACCUCAAUCCUUUAGAAAAAUUGUGGGCAGAACUGAGAAAGUGUGUGCGAGCAAGGAGGCCUUACAAUCCUGACUCAGUUACACCAGUUCUGUCAGGAGGAAUGGGCCAAAAUUCACCCAACUUAUUGUGGGAAGCUUGUGGAAGGCUACCCGAAACGUUUGACCCAAGUUAAACAAUUUAAAGGCAAUGCUACCAAAUACUAAUUGAGUGUAUGUAAACUUCUGACCCACUGGAAAUGUGAUGAAAGAAAUAAAAGCUGAAAUACAUCAUUCUCUCUACUAUUAUUCUGACUUUUCACAUUUUUUAAAUAAAGUGGUGAUCCUAACUGACCUAAAACAGGGAAUUUUUACUCUGAAUAAAUGUCAGGAAUUGUGAAAAACUGAGUUUAAAUGUGUUUGGCUAAGGUGUAUGUAAACUUCCGACUUCAACUGUACAUAACUACAGUAUGACCAUUGUCUGGUCAGUGCUUUGGAGCUGGAUCAGUACCAUGCAGAUAAUUUGCCAAAACAUUUUUUUUGUCGCUGGGCAUUGGUUAUGGGUUCAAUCCUUUUAGUCUACUUUAGCAUUCUUCUGUAAUAAACAUGCACUGGAAAGUACUUUGUGUCUGUAGAUCUGAUGCGUCCCUGAGCAGUCCCUGUGAUAUUGUACAGUGUACUCUGGUUCGUUCUUUCAAAUCUGUCAUGUGCUGAACUAACUGAGUGUCUGUAGUAUUGCAGACCAUUGACGAUGCAUAGAACAGUCUUUUGAUUUAUUUGAAAGAGAAAAAAGCCACCAUGGUGCCCAGAAAUGAUUUUUCAGAGGGGGUUCUGAAGCUGUGUACUGGAGAUUAGACAUAUACUUGCCAUAUCUCAGCACUGUGCAUAGCUACAGGAACUCUAUACAGUGAGUUUUGUAUAUUAUCGAAAAACCGUCAGUGUCUUGAUUUGUUUUGUCCACUUUCUUUAAAUGUACCUUUUUUAUGAGACCAUUUCUUACUCAUUGUCUUUCCUAACUUUUUUAAUGUCUUUUCAUAUGAAAGGGUCAGCUUUUAUAGGGACAGUUUUGAGGCUUUUGAAUCGUUUUUAAUACCUGUUCGAUCUUUUUAACAAGUCCAAUGAGAUCAAGGGCUUUUUUUGUAUAUAAAUGAGCUUGAAACAUUCCUUCUUUGACUGGUUCUGGUGUAAACAUGUUUUCAGCGAUACCGUCAAAACGGAAACAUUUAUUUUCGUGUUGUGCUCCAUAUGAUCUCUGAGGUUAAAUCAUAACCAAGAAACAUUGUCCUGUUUUAGGAACCGAUGAACUGUACAUGUAUUACUGACACCUGGAAAAUGCCUUUAACUGCUCAGUUUCAACUAAGUCUUGAUUAUCACACACUCUCUGUACUCCCAAGAAAAGAGACCCAGCGAAAAUGUAGCAUUUUUGUGAACAUUGACUGUGUGUUUUCAAGACUGUACUGUGCACUCAUUUCUUUUUUUGUGUUUUAUUUUUGUUGAUACAUUAUGGAAGUAAGGACAAUUUGUUAUGUAGUGCAAUAUGCUGUACAUAUAAGAGCUUUGCUCAACAAAUCUUUUUCUGAAUGACUUGUUCUGUUUUAUUGGUACUUUUUUUUUCAAUAAAAUUAUAUUGAAAGUGUAAA